AUGGCGCACGUUAAAAGCGGCUUCCAUGCCUUGCGCGCCUCGACAGCCUUCAUCGCCUUCGUAGUCUCCUACGCCAUCUUCACCGACGCCUUCCUAUACGCCGCCAUCGUGCCGGUGGCGCCGUUCGCGCUGGAGAAGCAGGUGGAUAAGGAGAAGGUGCAGGUCUGGGUGGCGAUUUUGUUGGCGGCUUUUGGGGUUGGAUGCUUUGUGAGCUCGGUGCCUUGGGGAUACUAUGCCGACCGCAGCACCUCCCGUCGAACACCUUUCUUACUUGGCUUGCUGGUCCUCUUGGUUACUACAGGCCUGCUCUGGUUUGCGCCAUACAUCAAGUCCAAUGGCCUCGUCGUCCAGGUCAUCGCUCGAGCACUUCAAGGCUUCGCCAGUACCAUCGUCUGGAUGACCGGGCUCGCCAUACUUGUCGACGUGGUGGGUCCCACACGCAUUGGAGAAUACAGCGGCUACAUCGGCAUUGCACUUAACCUUGGCAAUCUGACUGGCCCUCUUUCAGGAGGCGUCGUCUUCGCAGAAUCUGGUUACCAUGCUGUCUUCGGCCUCAUCACUGGUGUCGUCUUGGUGGACAUCCUGCUGCGUCUGAUCAUGAAAGAGAGGACUGUGCAAAAGACAGUCCGCGCGGCACCAUCGACCGCAUCAGUGAAGCCGCUCAGACCCCACUCUCCUGAGCUACACCCUGGCCCAGAUAUUGAAAAGACAGCAGCCAGCGAGGUGACGCUUACCAACACGAUAAGCUCUACUCCAGACAGCAUCUCCUUAGCGGACUCCACCAGCGUGUCUAAGGUAAGUCGACUUCCAGUCAUGCUCCGACUCUUAUUCUCAGCACGUUUCAUGGUGGCAGUUUGGGGCAUCAUGGUACUAGCCAUGGCGUACACUGGCUUUGAGACGGUAUUGCCGAUGGCAGUUAACAAAGUCUUCGGCUGGGAUUCGGAAGGUGGCGGCCUCAUCUUCCUGCCUCUGUCAUUACCAUCGCUGUUCGGACCUCUCGUCGGAAGGUUCACCGAUCGCUAUGGAGGACGAUGGGUCACGGCGGCUGCCUUCACCAUUAUCUGUCCAGGUCUGAUCCUCCUCAGGCUGGUCAAUGAAAACAGCAUCAACCACAAAGUUCUGAUAUGUGCCUUGCUUGUGGUUAUCGGCAGUUGCUUGACACUCAUACUGGAGCCACUCUUUGCCGAGAUCACGGGCCGGGCCACGAAGUUGGAGGCAUUGGAUGCCGGCGCUCUGGGUAGCGAAAUCGUUGGACGGGGCUACUAUGCGCAAGCGUACGCACACUUCAACUGGGCAUGGGCUUUGGGCAAUACACUGGGUCCGAUCUUAUUUGGUUUCAUGGCGGAAGCUGCAAGUUGGAAAACUGCCAUGUUGAGUAUGGGAGUAAUUUGCGGGGCCAGUGCUGUUCCAAUGGCGUUAUGGAUAGAUGGAUGGGUCUUGUAA